GGGAUACGUGUGAAUCACUGAGUUUGGCAAUUUAUCUCAGCGCCAACGCGUCUCUCUGCUAGAGCGGCAAGCUAGCUAACUAUGUCAGUCGUUGUAAGUUCGAGUUCGACUGAACACAAAAAGGUUUGCCAAACCCAAGUCUCUGUUAAUGCGUCCCUACCACUUUCUGCUCCUCCUUCUUGCUGUUUUUAAUAUAGCCCAACUGACACUGCACUAAACAAGCAUCCAGAUUGAAAAACAAGCCCACCCCACAAACCCCACCAGAGCCCAUAUUCUAUAAUCUAUACACUUGGGCUUCUCCUCUUUUAGAUGCAAGCCAGGCCCCCUCUCUGCAAAUCCCCAUCUCCCUUCUUCAAAACACCAGUGCUCUUUCUACAUCCAAGGUUUGUUCUUCUUGAAUACUUGAUGUGUAUUAAGGGGUUGUUUGUUUUUGUGUUUUUAUUAUGCGGAUCAUUUGGAUUGGUCAUCUGCCCACCGCCUAGGAGGCCUGUGGACGUGCCAUUUCAGAAGAACUAUGUACCCACUUGGGCUCCUGAUCACAUUAAGUACAUCAAUGGCGGUUCUCAGGUUCAGCUGGUUCUCGACAAAUACACAGGCACCGGGUUUCAAUCAAGAGGCUCAUUCUUGUUCGGGCAUUUCAGUAUGAGAAUGAAAAUGGUUGGGGGUGAUUCCGCUGGAGUUGUCACCGCUUUCUAUCUCUCGUCGGAGAAGUUAGAACAUGACGAGAUAGACUUUGAGUUCCUGGGGAACAGGACGGGCCAACCAUAUAUUUUGCAGACCAAUGUGUUCAGUGGAGGGAAAGGAGAAAGAGAGCAAAGGAUCUACCUCUGGUUUGAUCCCGCCCAGGACUUCCAUACCUACUCUGUCCUAUGGAAUAUGCAUCAGAUUGUAUUCUUUGUGGAUAACGUGCCCAUAAGGAUAUUCAAGAACAACGGGGACCUGGGCGUGAGAUAUCCAUUCAAUCAACCCAUGAAGAUAUACUCAAGCUUGUGGAAUGCUGAUGACUGGGCUACAAGGGGAGGACUGGAGAAAACUGAUUGGAGCAAAGCACCCUUUGUUGCUUCCUACUCUUCCUUCCAUGUAGACGGUUGUGAUGCCUCUUCACCUCAGUCUCUGCAGUUCUGUGCUAGCCGUGGAAGAAUGUGGUGGGAUCAGAUUGCCUUCCAUGACUUGGAUGCCCAACAAUACAGGAGACUUCAAUGGGUCCGCAAGAAAUUUACUAUCUAUAACUACUGCACUGAUAGGUCAAGGUAUCCUACUAUCCCUCCCGAGUGUGCUAGAGAUAAGGACAUCUAGAUUGCACAGUUAGUUAGUUAGUUAAUUAGUUAGUUAGAUUGAUAGAUAGAUAGAUACAUAAAUAGAUAGAGAGAGAGAGAGAGUGAGAGAGAGAGAGAUGUGUUAGUAGAGUUGUAAAGAAGUAUGAUUUGCUUUUGUUUAUCCAGUGUACAGAUUACAGUAAGAAGGGCUCCUCCCUUUCAGACAA